CCAGAUGGCCAAUUCAGUCUGACGAAAAUCGUCGCUUCGAACGAACGGAUUAUCCAGCGAACCAACGACAAACCCGAAAACCCGGCACAAUGAACUGUCUCUCCGCGAUGUUCAAGUACCUGCUGUACUUGCUCAACCUGAUCUUCGUGGCCGGUGGCAUCCUGCUGAUCGUGGUGGGCUCCAUCAUGCUCUCCACGAUGGGCAACUUCACCAGCUUCGAGGGAGCCGUCAACACCCAGACGAUCCCCAUCACCAUCAUCGUGAUCGGGUGCGUCACCUUCGUGGUGGCCUUCUUCGGAUGCUGCGGCACCAUUCGGGAGAACGCCUGCUGCACAACGAUUUACGCCAUCUGCAUGCUGAUUCUGUUCGGUCUCCAGCUGGCCCUCUCCAUCUGGAUCUUCGCGGCCAACGACAAGUUCCUGACCAGCAUGGCCAAGGCGGUGGACACCGCCUGGAACGAGAAUGAUGCUGCCCAGGGCUAUCCCAUGGACACCCUCCAGUUGGCCUUCAAGUGCUGCGGCAACUCGGGAUACGAUCAGUACGGCGACAAUGUGCCGGCUUCCUGCUGCGGCUACACGGAUCGCAGCAGGUCCUGCGAGUUCGCCAUUUACUCCCAGCGACCUGGCUGCAAGGAGGAGUUCGUGGACUUCUGGGCCUCCAACACGGACAUCAUUCGGUGGAGCAGUCUGAUCAUCGCCCUCUUCGAGCUGGGCAUCUUCAUCAUGUCCUGCUGCCUGGCCAGCGCGAUGAGGAAGCGCUAAGAGAAUAGUCUGACCCGAAUUCCUGGCUAUAGCCAAGAUCCUAGCAUAAAUUCAAGCCCCAUUAGUUCAUCACUCACCGUAAAUAAACUGAAAUAGGUUAAGCCAAAUGAAA